AUGGACACCCCCAAUUCUCCCACUCCGAAAAGGAGUCGUGGAUUCAGCGUGAAAUCCGACAAGUCCAACAAAUCGGGAUCAACAAGCCACAAACGUGGACUUUCCGAGUCGUCCGAAGAGAAAGCUCGUCGGAAUCUACAAACCAAAGCCGAUCCUUUGGUCGCCAUGAACGAGCUUCAGCCUAUGGCCGUCGCGCUGGAGAAGUCCAAUUUGGGCUCGCUGCGAGAGAUCGAGUUCAAGGAUCAGUAUGGGAAUGUCAUCACCGAUCCCGACCUGUCAAAUCCCAGUCGACCGCGUUUGGAGCGCCCCUUGGAUACAAUUCGAUCGUUUGAAGCAGCUAUCAAUGGCUCAUACACCAAUAACCACGAUGCCGCAUCACAGAUGGGUGACUUCAGCCGACGUACAAGUUACCAUGGAGGUCAAAACAGCGGUCCUGCAAACAGAAACUACGAUCAAAGUAAUUACUACGGCCAAAGCCAAUCACGACCAGACAGUAUCGUGAACGCAUACCAAAAUGCACCUCUAUCGCCCGAGAACACGAAUCCCUACUACGCCCAUGGCGGAUAUAACAAAAAUGGAUAUGGCCAAAACAGCCGAAGACGCCCACCCCACCAUCCACGCGGGUCAGCGUCGGCGCUCAUGACUCCCUCCGAGGGCUACCCAAAUAUGGCCUACAGCCCCCAGCACGGUUACCAGCGGUCCCGCGACAACGUCGCUGCCAUGUCCAACCCCGGCUCUGGCCACUCAUACCCCUAUGGCCAGUCCACAGACCCCAGCUCGAUGAACAGCUCCAACGACCAGUUGCAGCAGCAGGCUCUGCAGCAACAGCGUCUUGAGGGACGUGCUCAAGCCGAGCGGGGCUAUAACAAUUUCAGUUCACCCAAGCCUCCCCAGCCCGUGGGUGACUCGAACUGGGGUGGACCCGUUGGUGGUACUCCGACUCCCCCGGCGGCUAGGCCCGCACAACCGACUCCGCCAAAGACUGUGAACCAACCCUCAGCUAGUGAGGAGAAGGCAGACAAGAAGAAGAGCUGGUUCAAGCGCCGGUUCAGCAAGGAUAAGUAA